AUGUUCUACAGUCAUGAGAUCUUGACGAGUAGGAAGUAUGGCGUGGCAACGGUUUGGCUGGUGGCCACACUGGGUGCCAAGUCAAACACAAAGAAGGUAACUCGUAAGGCUAUCCUUGACGUCGAUGUUCGCAAGGCGUGUGAGACCAUCAUUCAGCCAGAGGCGCCAAUGGCUCUGAGACUUCAGAGUAAUCUUCUCUAUGGUGUCUCGAGAGUCUAUGACCAGCAGUGCUACUAUGUCCUCUCGGAUGCACAGGCAGCUCAGACUCAUAUCCGGACUAUGUUAAGGGUCCAUCAGAACAAUGACCUUGAUCCAGGCGCUGGCAAGGUCCGUCCUGAGCAGCUCAUCCUCAUGGACGACCCAGCUUUCCUGCCCGAGACAGCUCUUCCGGCUCUCGAUUUUGAUUUCUCCAACUUGGAACUUGAGCCUUUUAGAGCCUCUGAGCGCUCUACACAAUCUAUGAUGUCCAUUCACGGACGUAGUCGUUCCUUCUCUUCCUCCCAUAUCGUCGGCAUUCUUGACCUACCCUCAUCCAGCACCCACGCCGGCCCUCAGCAACUCCCUCUCGAUGACCCGUUCACCGGAUCAUCACUUCAAAAGCCUCUGGGUGGUACAGGUCGCGGACUCUUCGAUGAUGAAAAUGACCUCUUCCAGGAUGACUUGAUCUUCGAAUUCGAUGCUGAUGGCCAGAUCAGGGAUAUUGAUGCUAGUGAGCGAGAGGCUCGACGUGCAGGUAGUAUUUACCCAAAAGGUCUUCCCGGGAGCGAUUCUGCAGCGAGUAGACGCGUCCGGAAGGAACAUGAAGAGGCUGCUGGCCAUAUCCUGCCGGUCAUGGAUGCUGAGGGAGAUUUCGACAUGAUGAACUUCGGUGAGGACAUGCAGAUGCUUCCUGAAGCCGAGCCAUUCCCAAUGAUGAGCGGCGGUCUGGGAGCCAACGACAGACCUCAACCUUUGAUCGCCUCUGAGGAUCGUGUCUAUCAUGUCUCUUCCCAGGAGAACUCUUCCGAAACCGCUGAAGCCCCUCUCAGACACCGCAAGCCUAAAGUUCGAAAGACCUUGGGUCUCGAUCAGACAGUCGAGCUCCGCAAUAGCGAUCUCCUACAAUGGCAACGCGAGUACAGUGUUAACAUGACUUCCGCGACGCUUCUAAGUGCUCAUCGUAGAGCCACUGCUCACGCAAAGAAGAAUGCCUUCUCGUUCGUCUAUGGUGCGGGUCUCAACCGGGUAGGCCAUGGAAUUGGCACUUCAAAAGUGCCCCUACCUCUCGAUAUGUUCUCAGGGACCUCCCUUCUCGCAAAACUCACCGGCCAAGCCCCUCUCCCAACAGAGUCCCAAACCAAGAGCUCUAAACGUACCCGUGAUGCACACGAGGAGGAGCAGCAGCAAGUGACCCCAAAGCGUGCUCGCCAUGCCGAAGGAGAAGACGAGAUCGGCCGUGGCAGUUUCGAUGACGACCAAGCAAUGCUUCUGAUGGAAGAAGAUCCCAGCCUCGGGAUGGAAAUCGGUCGUGAUGCCCCCUCGGCACUAACAGACUACCCCUCGUCCGCUAUGAUGCCCUGGAAUGUGAACAUCUCCGCCUCUCUCCCCUCCCACCCCGGCCGCGCCUCCUCCCGUCUCGCAAGCCGCUCCCCGCUCAUCGGCCGCGGCUCCAAUAUCCCCGGCCCCCUAGACCACUUCUCCCUCCUCGAAGACGACCACAACCACCAUCAGAUCACUUACGGCCGCUCUGACGAUCCCCCCAUCAUCAAUAACAACGAUGACGAAAAUGAUGACGAUGACGCAAUCCUCCGCCGGCACGCCCAUCCCCUCCUCAAUUCCUCCAGCAGCCACCCAGACCUAUCCUUCGAAAUCUUCGGUCCCUCCGCAAACGUCGACACGCAAACAGCAGCUAGUAGCCAAUGGGUGCGCGAAGCGCUCGAUCGCGAAGCCUUGAAUUUCCUCGAGUACGUGAGGCACAGCAUCAUCACGACGGCGGAUGAUGUCCAGAGCGUCUCGUUCGAGCAGCUCUUCGAACCGAGAAGGAAUUCAAGGAUCGUGGCGGCUCAGGCUUUUUAUCAUGUGUUGAGUUUGGCGACGAAGGGCCGGGUGUGGGUUACCCAGAGCGAGGAGGGGGAGGGGGAAGAGGGCGGUGUGUGGGGAGAGAUUAGGAUGGGGAUUUUGGGAUGAUGAGUGAGUGGCUGGGUGGAUUACUUGUUGAUUGCUUGAUUUGAUGUGAUGGAUAUGAAGGAAUGAAUGAACGAGUGAACGAAUAGCUUAAGUG